AUUGACACUCUGGUUCAUCGUUUACAACACGAAACGUUACCGUCGAGACCAGCGGGAUCUGACGACAGGGAUCGAAAUCCACUAACCUGUUCGGAGGAGGAAUUGCAACGAAUUAUUUCCAAAUUCACUGAGUGUGAUUAUAGAAAGUGCCCCGUGGAAUCGACACGUGAUCGACAACACCUGGGAUUCAAUCGAUACGACUAUUACCACGGUCCAUCGUAUGCGCAUCCAACAAAACAAGUGUCACCGGAUGAGUUGCAAGCGAUUAUUGAUCGUUUGAUCCAGUACGAUAUUAACAAAGGUCCGCCGGGGUCACGUGGACAUGAGCGAUUGAAGUGA